AUGUGGCUAACUCUCGAUGACAUUGUGCUUCAGUGGAUAUAUGCUACAAUCUCACAAGAUCUCCUUCACACGAUCUUCGAAUCGGACUCUACAAUCGAGCAAGCCUGGACACGACUACGUGAGAUUUUUAAGAUAAAUUUCAUUCUCGUACAGUUUCCCUUGAGCAAGAGUUUUCCACCACCAUCAUGGCAGAUUUUCCUAGUGUCUCAGCUUAUUGUCAACGUCUCAAAGUCAUGGUCGAUCAAUUGUAGGGCGUCGUUCUACCAAGCACGAUCCAUUUUGAUUUUGGAGGAAUCUAGCUUGGCAAAGCAGGUGGCCUCUGGUUUGGCACUAACGUCGGGUGUAACUCUUGUCAUCGGCGUGUCUAAAACGAAUUGGUCAUAG